GAAAAAUUUUUUUUUGAAAUCAAAUAAGACAAAGACCAUUUUUUCAAAAUGUUCUCUCCUCUCUGCAAGGCAGCCAGAAUUGCGAAAUGUUGAAUUAUGUGUCAGCCAGCAUUAAAUUAAUUUUGUCCCGGUGGAAUAUUGCGUGUGUAAAAGGAAUUUAAUGAACGAAAAAAAAAAUCCAAUGAGACAGUGUAGCAACAGCAAAAGUAAAUAAAAACAACAACAACAAAUUCAUAUUGCAGAACAGUUUCAUUAUAUUGAAGGACGUUCACAAAACGCCAACAGUCCAUGUCUUAAGCAAUCUACAAACUUCUCACUGAAGAGUUUUCGACCAGAUUAUAUAUGGCGGCAUUGUUGAAUGAACCGUAGCAGCGCAACAAAAACCAAACAAAAUCGAAAAAGGAGAUACGAUUUAUUUGCUAUUGACAGACGACGUUUAACGCUGUACUGUUGGUACUGUUUUCAAACCGCACCAAUUGAAGUGUCUUGAAACAACAUCAACAUCAAUUCCAAUAAACCCAACUACCAACGAACGAAACCGCGACCUCAGCAGGCAGGCAACCCGUCAGCUAGCCCUGCAAUAACCCACAAUCAUUAUGAAUUGGUUAAGUUUAACCGCAUUAACGGCGCUGUUGUGCCUUGCCCAAGUGGCGUCACUGUCUUUGGAUCCAGUGGCCUCCUCUGAACUGGAGCAACAUAUCAAAAAGGGCGAUUGUGUGAUAUCCAUGCGUCACAUAAGGCCUCGACGUAAACUACACAUAUCCAUAGAAGCCCUUUUCAUGAUCGAUUUUCCCACGCUGAAGCAUAAAAUGUCCUUUUUCCUGGAUCGCAAGCAGCAACGUGUUACAUUGGACAUAAGCGCUGGUGGUGAAAUCGAAUCUUUACACUUCGACAUACCACAGAUCAAUGAGACGAGUACCAUACGAUCAUUGGCCUUGCAUUUCCAUAAGAAUCGCAUAUCACUAUUAGUGGACUGCAAAGAAACCUCCUCGCAUGAAAUCGAAAUGAAUCUAACGAAGCUAUAUACGCAAAUGGAUGAUCCUGUGGUGAAAUUGUUCCGCGAGCGUAAAUAUCCUUUACAUUUUGAUGGCAAUGUAGAUGGUGCCUUGCAGAGAGCCAAUUGCCAAAAGGGCCUAAGUAGACGAGGCAAUAGGCGUAUGCUGAAAAAUAAAAUUUCCGAAAGAGAGAAAAACAAGAAACGCGAUGUGCGCAAUUGGUACAACCAAGAACCUGGCACCAGUUCUGAACAUUAUCGCCAGCAGGAGAUUCCUUUGGACCUUGAUCGUCGUGGUGACAUUCCCAUAUUGAGUGGCGAUUGUGAAGACGCCCUCGCAAAAUCACUGAGCGAUUUAAUGGCUUUGGUAAAAUUGCUACGCGAAGAUGUCGCCCACCAGCGCCAAGAAAUUGCCUAUCUGCGCAUGCUCCUUGAGAAUUGUGCCGGUUGCAAGGAGCCAAAAGGUGACAACAACAUUGAGCCCACAUGCCGCACCUCAAGUCCUUGCUAUCCAGGCGUUGAAUGCUACGAUUUUGUGUCAGGACCUAGGUGUGGUCGCUGUCCAUCGGGUAUGGUAGGUGAUGGCAAAAUAUGCAAGCCAGGAGUCACCUGUGCCGAUCGUCCCUGUUACAUAGGCGUUCAGUGUCACGAUACCGUGAAUGGUGCUCAAUGUGAUCCUUGUCCCCUUGGCUUUGAUGGAGAUGGACGCUCGUGUACUAAACAGCGUAGUCCCUGUUUAGAUUCACCUUGCCCUGCUGGUUCCAAGUGCACAGAGUCUCUAAUUUCUCCCUAUUAUCGUUGCAUCUCAUGUGCCCGUGGUGAGCAAUUGAAUGGCACCAAAUGUGUUGAUGUCGACGAAUGUGAAAUGUAUCGACCUUGCGAUAUGCUCUCAACUUGUGUCAACCAAAGUCCCGGGUUCCGAUGUGAGCCAUGUCCUUUGGGCUAUGAGGGAAUGCAUGCCUAUGGUUAUUACGGUGAAUAUUGGAGUACUUCAUAUCAGCGUCAGACCUGUGUGGAUGUUGAUGAAUGCCAAACUGGCAUUGGCCGUUGUAUGGCCAAUUCGGUGUGUGUGAAUACCAUUGGUUCCUACCAAUGUCAUUGUCGCGAGGGUUAUAAAAUGAAUGGAACCAGUUGCAAUCCAGUGGCUGGCCUUUGCCCUGAUGGCACCAUUUGUGACAGCAAUGCCAUGUGUAUACUCUCGGAUAAUUUCAAAUAUCGUUGCAAGUGUCAUGUAGGCUGGGCUGGCAAUGGUUUCAUAUGUGGCCGCGAUCAAGACUUGGACAGUUGGCCCGAUCAUCAGUUGCCCUGUGCCGAUCCCCAUUGCAGUCAAGAUAAUUGUCCCCAUUUACCCAAUUCAGGACAAGAGGACAGUGAUCAUGAUGGCAUUGGAGAUGGUUGUGAUGAUGAUGCCGAUGGUGAUCUUAUAACCAAUGACAAGGAUAACUGCCCGUUUGUUUAUAACUCGGAUCAAUUGGAUUCGGAUCAUGAUGGUGUGGGUGAUGCCUGUGAUAAUUGUCCUUUUGUGCCCAAUCGCAAGCAAUUGGAUACGGAUAAUGAUGGCUUGGGAAAUGAUUGUGAUGAUGAUAUUGAUAAUGACACCGUGGUCAAUGCCUAUGAUAAUUGUAUGUUGGUGCCGAAUCUCAAUCAGCUGGAUUUUGAUGGCGAUGGCAUUGGAGAUGUAUGCGAUAAUUGUCCUUCAAUAUCGAAUCCUUCACAAGAGGAUCGUGAUAAUGAUCUAUUGGGAGAUGCUUGUGAUAGUGAGAUUGAUGGUGAUAAUGAUGGUAUACAGGAUUCGGAGGAUAAUUGUCCCAUGGUUAGCAACGCUGAUCAAUUGGAUACCGAUGGUGAUGGCAAAGGAGACGCUUGCGAUGAUGAUAUGGAUGGUGAUGGUAUACCCAAUUACAGAGAUAAUUGUCCUUUGGCCAAAAAUCCCAAUCAAUUGGAUAUGAAUAAUAAUGGCAAAGGCGAUUUGUGUGAAUAUGACGAGGAUGACGAUGGCACUCCCAAUAUCAUAGACAAUUGUCCCAAUAAUUCCAUGAUAUAUUCAACCGAUUUCCGCGCCAUACGCUCCGUCAUUCUAGAUCCUGAGGGUGAGGCCCAGCUCGAUCCCAAUUGGGAAGUUCAUGCCAAUGGCUCGGAGAUUAUACAAACCUUGAAUAGUGACCCUGGUCUGGUUGUGGGCCAUGAUGCCUUUGGCGGUGUGGACUUUGAGGGCACUUUCUAUGUCAACGAUGACACCGACGAUGAUUAUGUCGGCUUUAUUUUCAGCUAUCAAAGCAAUCGCAAAUUCUACAUUGUCAUGUGGAAGAAAAAUACCCAAACCUAUUGGCAUUCCACUCCAUUCCGUGCUUCCGGUGAGCCGGGCAUACAAAUUAAAUUGGUAGAUAGUGUAACUGGUCCGGGUUCCAUGUUGCGCAAUAGUCUGUGGCAUAGUGGUGACACCAAGGAUCAGGUGCGCCUGCUGUGGAAGGAUCCCAAGAAUAUGGGUUGGAAGGAGAAGACUUCCUACCGUUGGUCUCUGAUACAUCGUCCUGCCAUUGGUCUCAUACGUCUGCGAAUGUUUGAGGGCGAUAAGUUGGUGUUGGAUUCGCAAAAUGUCUAUGACUCCACCUUGAAGGGCGGACGUUUGGGAGCCUUCUGUUUCUCGCAGCAAAUGAUCAUUUGGUCAGAUCUUAUAUACAAGUGCAACAAUCGCCUGCCUGCUUUGGUCUACAACGACUUGCCUUCACAUUUGAAGCAAAAGGCAGAAAUCGAUAGAUAAAUGCAACCGUCCUUUCAUAUAAUAAUUGCCUUACUUGCCUUUUAUUUAAAUUAUUUUCUUAAAUUCGACAUUUAACCCUUUCUUAAUAAACGAAUUCGACUGAUAUGCUCCCUUUUAGAAGCAGGCAAUUAUUAUAAUUUUUUUUUUUUAUUUUUAGUUUAAAUAAUUUUUUGAGAUUAUUUUGUAUUGUGUGGUGCUUCAAGUCCUUUUCACUGUUAUUUAAAUAAAAUUCUAGUUAUUUAAGAUUAAUUAUUAAUUAGUAAUGCCAUAAUAGUCUGUUAUAAGGUACACAAAACAAAAAAAAAACGAAUAUAACGAAACGAGAUUUUUGUAAUAAAACGAUAAAAUGCGAUUAAAACUUUA